AUGGCUGCUCUCUCUGCCUUGCUGAAGACCUGGGUAAUACUGCAGACCUUGUGCCUGGCUCUGGCCCAAGUGCGGGGUCCACCUGGACCUCAGGGCCAGCCUGGCCCACCAGGCCCUUCUGGCACCCCUGGGUCAGACGGCAUUGAUGGAGAUAAAGGACCUCCUGGCCCCCCUGGACCACCAGGACAAAAGGGAGAGCCAGGAGAGCCAGGUCCUGAUGGAGUUCCAGGAGAGAACGGCAUUGAUGGUUUGAUUGGAGCAAAGGGUGACCGAGGCCCCGUUGGGAGCCCUGGCCCUAAGGGUCUGUCUGGACCAAGUGGCGAGCCUGGCCUUCCUGGACCCGGCCUUCCAGGACUUUCUGGUGCUCCAGGGCCAAUUGGUCUUCCUGGUGAAAUUGGACCAAAUGGACCAAAGGGUAUUCUGGGACCACCUGGAGCUCCAGGACUUCCGGGACCUCCUGGCAAACCAGGUCCUCCUGGGAAGUUCAUUGGUGGAGAGGAGGGCAGUGCAGACUUCCAGUGUCCUCUUAACUGUCCAGCAGGACCUAAGGGCCCCCAGGGACUACAAGGAGUCAAGGGACACAAAGGACGUGCCGGUAUUCUGGGAGAGCCUGGUAGCAUUGGAAAAUCGGGACCCAGGGGAGAAGUGGGCAUCUCUGGGGAGCAGGGCAUCCCAGGACCUCCGGGUCCAAUGGGCCUGAGGGGUUAUCCAGGAAUGAUGGGUCCCAAAGGAGAGGCGGGUCCUCGUGGUUAUAAGGGCAUCACCGGACCUGUCGGAAUUCCUGGGCCUCCUGGUGAGGAGGGACCUCAGGGACCACCUGGAGAGGCAGGAGACAAGGGAGACAAAGGCAGCCGAGGUAUCCAAGGCCCACAGGGUGCAGUAGGCAAAAAGGGAGAAAAUGGUCUGCCUGGUAUUGAUGGAAAAGAUGGCACACCUGGUAUUCCUGGAAUGAAGGGCGGCCCUGGCCAGGCUGGGAUGCCUGGUCCUCCUGGUCCUCAGGGGACAGCGGGAUUACCUGGCAGUCCUGGGACAAAGGGUGGAGCUGGAUUUAAGGGUGAACCAGGACCUAGGGGUCACACUGGCAUGUCUGGUGCGCCUGGACCUCUGGGUGAGCCUGGUCUUCCUGGUGAGGCUGGUAUGGAGGGAGUUCCUGGACCCAAGGGUGAUAGAGGUCAAAGAGGACCAGUUGGACCACAAGGAAUCGACGGCAAGCCUGGAAUCAAAGGAGAAAGAGGACCCAUUGGUGUUCCAGGUGCCCAGGGCCUUAGUGGAACCAAGGGAGACAAGGGCUUCCAAGGAAAAGUUGGGGGGAAAGGAGACAUUGGUGACCCUGGUGUUGAGGGACUGGCUGGCGAGAAAGGUGAAAAGGGUUUGUCUGGUGAACCCGGGCCCAAAGGACAGCAAGGAGUGAGGGGUGAUCUUGGACACAACGGUCCAACUGGAGACCCUGGUAAACCAGGUGACAUGGGACCACCAGGACUGCCUGGUCCUAGGGGACUCAAUGGAGAGCGAGGAGUACCUGGCAUGCCAGGCAUUCAGGGAUCAACAGGACGCGAUGCAUCUGACCAGCAUAUCAUUGAAGUGGUGUUGAAGAUGUUGCAGGAGAGGCUAGCAGCUGUAGCGGUGAGCGCAAAGAGGGCUGUGCUCGGUGGAGCAGGUGUAAUGGGACCACCCGGGCCUCCUGGACCUCCAGGGCCAGCUGGCUCCCAGGGUCCACAUGGCUUGCCUGGUCCUCGUGGUAUUCCUGGCAUUAUUGGUGGACCUGGACAGAUUGGAAACACAGGGCUUAAAGGAAAGAGAGGGGCAAAGGGUGAUAGAGGAGAUCCUGGUAAACCCCAUCCUGGACCACCAGGACCCCCAGGAUUACAGGGUCCUCCUGGUGUUGAUGGUGUGGCUCGGGAUGGUAGGCCUGGUGAGAGAGGACCUCAGGGAUCAGCCGGAGAGGCCGGUCGCCCCGGAAAGGCGGGUUCGUCAGGUCUCCCAGGCUUCUGUGAGGCGGCAAUGUGUCUGGCAGCAUCAGCAUACACCUCCCCGAGACUACAGGAGGCGGGAACGAUCAAAGGACCCAAUGUUUAG